AUGACUACAAAUAUUCAAGUGAUAUGUCGAUUUAGACCUCCCAUUCCUGGAUAGGUUGAAAGCUAAAUCUACUUCGCAGAUGAAAGAAGUGUUCUCAUAGAAAACCAACAAUUCAAUUUCGAUCAUAUAUUCCAUCCAGGAAAAUAAAUUGAUGUAUUUAAGGUGGCAGCAGAGCCAGUAAUAUAAGGAGUCUUAGAGGGAUUCAAUGGGACUGUGGUAGCUUAUGGCUAAACUGGAUCUGGAAAGACUCAUACGAUGGAAGGGACGACUGGAGAUGAUUAAGGAAUAAUAAAAAGAAUGGUCAAUACAGUGUUUGAUUAUAUUGAAGCCAGUCCGGAUUAUGUAGAGUACCGAAUAAAAAUAUCAGUGACAGAGUUGUACAUGGAAAAAGUGAGAGACUUACAAAACAUCNACAAGACAUAUAGACAAAAGAGGAUGAAGAUGGGAAGAAAACUAAAAGUGUAACAUUUUGUUUUGAUAAAAACAUUAUCCACUCUAUUUACAAGUGUCCAUCUGAGUAUUUGAGUAAGAAAAAGAGAAGACAACUAAGCAGAAAAAUCUCAAGUUCAAUUAAGGGUAGAUACUUCGAUGAUUAGACAUCCUCUGAUGAAGAAACUAGAAACUAUUCAGAUCUUGAGGAGUAUGAACACUUCUACAGCAUAAUUGAAUGGAAAAAUCUCUCAGAAGAAUCUUCUUUAAAAAUGACUCCCAAUAAUUUGAAUGAUGUUAUAAAUUCAAAAAAUUUCAAUGAUUUUAAAGAUGGGAACACACAAAAUCCCAAAUCAUGUCUCAAAUAGAUCAAAAAAUUAGACAUUCUUUCUUAAUUCGACGAGUUGAAGAAGUAAGAUUAAAACGAUGAUUUACAAACUGAAAUUAGUUCUUAAAAAAAUUUAAAUAAAGAGAAUCUUUAAAAUGACAAAUAUAUCAUUGUGAGCAAAUUCAAAGAACAUUAGGAGGAGGAUGAGGAAGAAGUAACAAAAUUAAGCAUAUCAUAGAUAUCUAUCAAUCUUGAUGAUUUGGAUGAAUUCUAAUGUACUUAUAAGGAAUAGAGAUCAUAAGACAUUUCGGUUUUCGAUUAAGUGAGGAAAAAAAUAGAUUUCAAAUCAGCAUUUAAGAUUAUUGA